ACCCGGUGACCCUCGCCCUGGUGGAGAUUUCCGGGGCCCUCUCGGGGCUCCUGAGUAUCUACAGUCGGAGUUUCCCCACAGAUUUCACGGUGGAGUCCUGUAGGGGGCGCCGCAGGAUGGAGGACGGAUCUGGGGCCCUCAGCUGAUUAUUCGCCGCGCACAAUCUACCUGACAACUGACGAAAAGGUUAGAAGAGUGGCGGUGCAUUCUACGUUGCGUUCUCUCUUCUCUAUGCUGGGAGGAAGAUUUGCCCAGAGGUGAAGUCCAGGAACAUUGUGUCCUCCAGGUCGUUCUUCUCCCGGGCAGUUUGGAUGAGACGUAAGCUCCGGGGGUCAGAGGUCACAGUCAUGAUCCAGUUCCCCGUUCCCCGUUCCGCUCUCCCCUAUGAGUCUCUACUGGUUCUCCGGAUGUACACGGUCACCACAACCAAACCCGCCGGAUCCUUCCUGGCCUGGUCCUGCCUCCCCAUAUACUGCAACCAGCAGAUCGUCCAGGGGGAGCUGCUGAUUAACAUGGUUUCCCACGCUGAGCCGCCCGCAGUCAUCACCCCCUCAGCCCUUGAUGCCUCCCUGCCGACCUUAAUAACUAUGCAGAUGGAUUUCCCGGGUUCGGACGCCAUAUUCCAGAGGCCGGGGGCGGAGUUGAUGUCAUGUGACGCAGGCGGUGAGGAUGUGGUUUGGCGCCUCCAUUAUAUGGCGAAUUGCUGCUCUAUGCUCCUGCUGUCGGAGGCAGAUCGGCAGAGUCUGUGGUAUUACCGUCGCUGUCCCCGCCCCCCUCCGCACCUCCUGCCGCUCCUCCUGGGAAGUGCUCCCGGCUGGGACCCGCCCUCUAUAUCCGCCAUGUAUCGGGUGCUGGAGGACUGGACCUUCUCGGGGCCCCUGGAGGCUCUGGGGCUGCUGAGUCCCUGCUUUGCAGAUGUGAAGAUCCGUGGGGCGGCGUGCCGGGAGCUGGAGCGGCUGUCAUGUGACCAACUGCUGGAGCUCCUCCCACAGCUCGUCCAGGCCGUGAAGUACGAGCGCAGUCUGAACAGCAACCUGGUGCGGCUCCUCCUCCACCGCGCCCUGCAGAGCAUUCAGGUGGCGCACAGGCUGUACUGGCUGCUGACGGACACCUCCUCGGAGCCUCAUUACCGCGGUUUGUAUCGGCGCCUCCUGGAGGCCGUUCUGCACUGCGCCGGCCGCUCCCUUAGUGAUGAAUUCUCCAAACAGAGACGACUCCUGCAGAUCCUGGAAGACAUCGCUGGGAGAGUGAAGAAUGCUCCGGAGGACAAGAGGCAGGAGGCUCUGAGGUUCGGGCUCCUGGACGUGGAGCGGUUCUUUGAGGACAUUGGCCGUUGUCGUCUUCCUCAGGAUCCUGCGAUUGUUGUGAAAGGGAUCGACCGAGAGUUGUGCUCCAUCUUUAAAUCCAACGCCAAACCCCUUAGGAUCUCCUUCAUAAACGCAGACGAGCAGGGCCCCAACAUCCACGUCAUGUAUAAGAUGGGAGAUGACAUGAGGCAGGACAUGCUGGUCCUACAGCUGGUGGACAUCAUGGACCGGAUUUGGCUUCACGAGGGAUUAGACCUGCGGAUGAUCACCUACCGAUGUGUGUCCACCGGCCGUAAGCAAGGUUUGGUUCAGUUGGUUCCAGAUUCUAUAACUUUGGCCAAAAUCCAGAACAAGACUGGGCUGUUUGGACCCCUGAAGGACUCGUCGAUAAAGAAAUGGUUCCAGAACAACCAGAUGGCCUCUGAUAACUUCCUGUUCUCCUGUGCCGGUUGGUGUGUCAUCACUUUCCUCCUGGGCGUCUGUGACCGGCACAACGAUAACAUCAUGCUCACCAGCUCUGGGCACAUGUUCCACAUCGACUUCGGGAAGAUUUUGGGAAAUGCACAGAUGUUUGGAUCAAUUAAAAGGGACCGGGCACCAUUUAUCUUCACGACAGAGAUGGAAUCCUUCAUCACCCAGGAAGGGCAGCGCCCGCACCGCGCUCGGGAGUUUGUGGAGCUCUGCUGCUGCGCCUACAACAUCCUCCGGAGGCACAGCGCCCUGAUCAUCACCCUCCUGGAGCUGAUGCUGCAGGCCGGGCUACCGGAGCUGCGCUCAGUGGAAGAUCUGAGAUACGUCUACGACCGCCUGCGACCGCACGACUCCGACCUGGAAGCCGCCAAUUACUUCACCAGUAAGAUCCAGGAGAGUCUGGAGACAACGUCUGUGAAGCUGAACUUCUUGGUCCACGCCUUCGCCAACAUGACGCCGUCCGAUCUGAGCCACCUGGGGGAGGGGCUGACCCCGGCCAUCGCCAAGUUCAUCAAGAGAGCGGCGGUGAAGAGUGCGCGGAAGGUGCACAAGGUGGGUGGGCGGAUCCUCGGUGAGCUCGGGGUGGUCGGUGAGUCGGCUGGCAUGGUGAUGUCACUUCCUGCCGGACCCCCUCCCCCGCUGACCGUUUCCCCCCCAGGCGGUUCUCCGCAGAGCCUUCAGCUGCACAUGUGGUUCACUCCACCCCACCUCUGCGUCCAGCUGAAACAUCUGAGGAACAUACCCCCGGAGCCCACCCUCACCCUCUCCCUGUACUCUGGCCCCCGGGAAGUGUCCAGUCAGGAGAUCACAUGGCCGUCCAGGAGGAGUGCCCCCGUAUUCAGCCAGCUGGUGCAGUUCGGGGUUCCAAAGCUGGAAGGUUUGGUCCUGAGGAUCCAGGUGAGGAGCGGUGGGAGGUUCUUGGGGCAGCUGCUCGUCCCCCUGAACUCUGCCCAACUGCGUCAAGACGUCUGGUACCACCUGGGACCUUGAGCCGCGACCAUGGAGACAAAGAGGACUGCUCAUCCCCCGCUGCAGAAGUGUCAGGCGCCAACAAAACUCUGGGUAAAUUAUGAAGACUACUCUCCAGGGAUGAUGUCACGUGGGCGGUCACUGGCUGUCGAUGACAUCACGUGGGCGGUCACUGGCUGGUAAUGAUGUCAUGCUCUGCUGAUGAUGUCAUGGUUCCUCAGGGAUUAUAUUGACUUUUUUUGUUGCUUUUACACCUGAAGUUCCUCAGAUUUUGUUGUUUGUUUGGGAGAUGAAUUUUUGUAACAUUUCAUUUAUUUAAAUUAAACUUUGAUGUUGUUGUU